GUUUUAGAACAAGAUCCUCAAAUUUUUAAUCGGGCGAGUGCUGUAAAAGAGUUAAUUGGUGAUUGUCAAUUUUGGAUUGACGUGGAACAAUUGUGGGAUAUUCUCCGCCCAGUAAAAUGGGCUGUAAAAAAUGUGGAGUUUCGAACUACCUUGUUAGCUAAUGUGUUUGUUGAACUAGUAAAAAUGGCAAUCGCAAUCAAAGAAACUUCUGUUUUAUAUAAUAGCCAAUUUCAACGAGAUUGUAUCGCUAUUUAUAAUAAGCGAUGGAAAGAAUUUGAUACAGAUUUGUAUCUUUUGUCCUUUUUUUUACACCCAGCUUACCGAGGUGAUUUUUUUGAGCUUAACAUAUAUAAAAAUCAUAUUCUUAAAAAGGCUUUAGAAAUAUGGAAGAAGUUAGGUGGUGGUCGAACAAGUGCAGAUCUUUUAAAAACUCAAAUGAAUUUGUAUAAAAAUCAGAAACCUCCCUUUGAUGAUAAAUUUAUUGCAUCCGCUGAUACAAUUACUAAUUGGUGGAUGUCUAUAGAAAUGAAAAAACAUGAAGAUCAUAUUAAAAGCCUUGCUCUAAAAAUACAUUCCAUUUUAUCCCAUAAUGCUGCCUGUGAGCAUGUUUUUAGCAUACUAGGAUGGUAUUUCGGAAAAAGAAGAACUAGAUUAAGUCUUAGUCGUCUAGAAAUUAUGGCCCAGAUGCAUUCAUUUUUGGUUGAGAAUGCUAAGUCAAAGCUUAAUUAUGUGGAUCCAAAUCUUCGCCAAGAGGAUUUCUUAUCAAUUUUUAAUAAAAUCUCAAGUUCUAUUGAAGAUGGCACUGAUUUAUUUA